UGGAAUACACUCAUCGCUUAUCCAUUUAAUUACGAUAUAAAAACUACUCGUUCAUAAAAUUUGAAUUUGGGAUUAGUGAAAGUGCUGUGUUUUUUAAAUAUCUUGUAAUGUGAUGGAAUGGUAAUAAGUGAUAAACUUAAUUUUUGAUUAAGAAGAAACCAAAUAUAACGAACUGUAAAAGUAUGUGAAGAUGUAAAGAUGCUGUUUACAUUGUGCAAGUCCUGUCAAUACUGCUUGGAGACUCUAUAUUGGAAAUGUUGCGAAGAAAGAUUUUGCUUUGAUAAAAAAAUAGCUACAUAUAAACUAGAAGACAACACUCUCUACACCAAUGGCUAUUCCAAUAUGGGUGCAAGUUUAGACAGUGUAAUUACCCAACAACCGACUAACAAUAAUCAUUUACCCCCUACUGCAAUUACUGGAAGAGAAAUCAAAGAACUUCCCUUGCACGCUGAUAAGUUGUACGAGGUAUUUUCAAAAUCUUUAAUAUUUAGAGACGAACAAGAGUUGAAAACAGGUAGCACGAAUACAUUGGACGAAUUGGAAACUAAAUCUGAACCCGACUACUUAUCUGAUAAACCAAAUCGCACCAAAGUGUAUUUCGAAGAUGAAGUUGAUUCACCAGUUACAGAUUUCGAAAUUAUGUUUAAAGAUGAACUUUUGGCAUCAUAUGAUAUGUUUAAAAUAGAAGAGGAAGAAGAAGACACGAGAAGUCAAGACACUGAAGAAGGAUUAACUAUGAUAGCCAUUAAAAAGCAGGAUGUUAUCAAACCAAGCACCGUAACCUUGAAAGACGAGAUAAAAAUCAAAAACCAGCAACCGGUUUAUGAGUACGACCCAGUUUCAGUUAUAACCCUUCCUUCAACCCUUGUGUUACCCAGAAUAGAAAGUGUUAAAGGAAUUCUUAGAACGAACAGUGCAAAAACAUUAGAUAGAAUUGAUAGUUCCAGCAAACUUAGGCCAAUGUUAAACAGAGUGGAAAGUCUUAAAAGUAUUGAUCCAAAUAAAAUUAAUAAAGUUUUAUCAAGGGUGCCGCAUAGGAGUGCAUCAUUUUUAAAUAUCCCAGCUUACCUCACACCAGAGAAACCACCUCUUAUUAAAAGCAAAUCGACUGUCGGAGUUCCAACCCUUACUGAGAGUGAACUAAAAUUAAGUUCUUUGCCAGACACGCCGAUAAUUAAAAGUAAUAAUUUACCAAGAUUCUUUGCGGAUACACCACCUACUAUGCCAGAGUUUAAGGGAGAAAAUAGUUUACAAAGCAUUAAACAGAAAACCGCCCUCAUGUUUAAGGAAAAUGAUUACAGUAUGCCUAGGUAUUAUGGUACGGUAAAAUCUGCAGAAUUGUCUGAGAGCAAAUCAAUGCCUGAUUUACGAAAUCCUAAUUCGACUGAUAAAUCCAGUAAACGCCUAGUUAAGUUAAGAAGUAAGUUGAAGCCAUUGGUUAUAAGAAAAAGCUCUGAAGAAAGACUGUAGAUUAUUUUAAAAAUAAGUAAUCGCGAAGCACCAACAGAAAAUAUCAGGAAUUCAAGUACCUUAUGUCAGUAUUACUCUUUUCCUUGAUCUUAGUAUUUCAUUUGAAUAUCUAAUAGUGACGUAUAUUUAAAUUUUGUUGACGUUAGUGACAUUUAAAAUUAUUGACAUUGUAUUAGUAAGAUGAUGAAAAAUGAAUGCAGUUUCAUUAAAAUGUUAUCUAUGACAAUACCAAAUUAUUCGAUGCAUUAUCGAAUUUGACCCUUGUAAUGACACAAAAUUUUAAUA